AUGUCUUUUGAUUUAUCAGGAAUAUUUAGAAUGGAUAGCAAACCAAAUAUAUUUUUAACCUUAUACGUGCUGGCAACAUUCGCAUUAAUAGCCAGCGCUGCAAGUCAUCCAACCAGUUUUGAUAAUUUUCAAGAAAAUGAACAUAGUAAUAAUGCCGAUUCGAUUUCCAAAUUCAACGGUAACUGUAAUAUUAUAGCUAUGGUGGAAGAGGAUGUCCAAAAAAUUGUUUUAAAUGCCGGUGAUAUUAAUGUGAACGUAACUUCUAUACGGGCAGAUGGUGUUGAAAUUGGUUUUACAAAUUUCUAUAUAAAUAAUAAAACAGAGACCCUCGUAAUCUCUUUAAUAGAGAGUUUAAAGGCUGAGAGUUCUAUCGAAAUCUCAUUAAGUUUCGAUGGAAAAUUACGUGAUGACAUGGUAGGUUUUUACAAAAGUUCUUAUUAUGACGAAAAAGGCAACCAAAGAUGGCUGGCUUCCACUCAAUUCGAGUCAACACAUGCAAGACAUGCUUUUCCUUGCUUCGACGAGCCGGAAUUCAAAGCUAAAUUCAUAAUAAAUAUUCAAGUGCCUGAAGGUUACAGUUGCCUGAGUAAUAUGGAUUUCCAAUUUGAUAACAAGACAAAUGAGUAUGCAUUUAAAAAAACCCCAAAAAUGUCAACGUAUCUCGUAGCUUUCGUGAUUUCUGAUUUUAAAGCUUAUUCAACUAAUGACGAUAAUGUAAAAAUGUGGGCUCGACCAAAUGCUAUUUCACAAACCGUCUAUAGCCAAAAAAUUGGCGUCAAAACUCUUCAAGCAUUCAGCGAAUUAUUUAAUGUAAGUUAUUGGAAGUACAUGCCUAAAAUGGAUAUGGUAGCGGUGCCAGACUUUUCAGCUGGCGCCAUGGAAAAUUGGGGUUUAAUUACCUAUCGUGAGACAGCUGGUCUUUAUGACGAGAAACACUCAUCUGAUAUAACCAAGCAAAGUGUCGCCUCAGUCAUUGUUCAUGAAUGUACUCACAUGUGGUUCGGUAAUCUCGUCACACCCGAAUGGUGGACUUACCUUUGGCUGAGCGAAGCUUUCGCCAGGUACUAUCAGUAUAUGGGAACCGACAUGAUAGAGAAAAACUGGAAAAUGAGCGAACAAUUCAUAGUAGAGCAAUUCCAAACAGCUAUGGUUGCUGAUUCUGCAGAAGAUUCUAAGCCAAUAACCAGACAGGACAGUGAUAUGAUUACACCAAUACAAAUCGGUACUGCAGGUGGUAUUAUCACUUAUAAUAAGGGGGCAAGUAUUGUACGUAUGAUGGAGAAAACAUUUGGAACAAAGAAAUUCAACGAGGCUCUUAAGGAUUACAUUCGAGAACGUCAAUCAAAAUCAGCCACACCUAAUGAUUUAUGGCAAGCUCUUGAAAAACAUGUCAACUAUAGUGUGGCAGCAAGAAUGAAUACUUGGACAAAACAGGCUGGUUAUCCGUAUAUUACAGUGACGAUUGAGUCAGAUAGGAUAAAAUUCAGACAAAAUCGAUUCCUUCUGAGUGAAAAUAAUUCUGUACAAGAGUACUUGUGGUCGGUGCCAAUAACAAUAUCAUCAUCGAGCAGCCCAACUAAUUCUACAGAACCAGUUUUCUGGCUAUCAAAACAAGAAGACAAUUAUACGAGGGACAAUACAAACGAUGAAUGGCUCAUAAUCAACGUGCAAUCUGCGGGCUUUUACCGUGUCAAUUAUGGUAAUUAUUGGAGCAAAAUAAACAAACUUUUGACAAGUGAUAAUUACAACAAAAUUCUUGUGGAAAAUCGUGCGGCGAUUGUCGAUGAUUUAUUUAAUCUCGCUAGAGCUCAGAUUAUCAAUUAUGAAUUAGUUUUUGAAGGUAUUGAAUAUCUCAAGAGAGAAAAGCAGUAUUUGCCCUUUAAGUCUGCCUUCACUAAUCUUGAUUAUUUAAUGAGAGUGACUGCUGGGAGCGAUGAUUACGAUGUUUUGAAAAACUACAUUAUGUUUCUGAUUAAGAAUAUUUACAAUGAAUUAACAUUCGACGAUAAACAAAAUGAUGAUCAAUUGACGAUUUUACUGCGACAAGAGCUUAAUACCAGGGCUUGUAAUUUUGAUGAAUCAUCGUGUAUCAAAAUCUCUCGGGACUACUUUGACGAGUGGAAAAAUAAAUUGAAGCCAGUACCAAAAAACCAACGAUAUGUAGUUUAUUGCACUUCUAUUAGACACGGAACGGACAAAGAUUGGGACUUUUUGUAUAACGAGUACAAAAAAACUAACGUUUCAGCUGAGGGAGUAAUUAUUCUGAGUGCACUUGGAUGUUCCCAAGAUCCUAUAAUACUGAAAAAAUACCUUCUCGAAGCUUUAUCGGGCUUUGAAACAAGCCGCAUUCGUAAGCAAGACAUUUCGAGUGUGUUCAGAGGCGUUUAUACGGCGAGUCUGAAAAACGCCGAAUUCAUGAUUGAUUUUGCCAAUGAUAAUUAUAAGGCUCUUCAUGAUUACUACAAAAAUUAUGACAUGGUCGGUAGUCUCAUUAAAGAUGCACUUGAAAGAUAUCCGAUCAAGAAACUGUUAAGAAAAGUUGAACAAAUCGUCGAAAUCAAUAACUCACAUAUAAAACCAAAUGUCGAGUCUAUCAUGAAAAGUUUGAAAUUUGUUGAACAAGAAAUAAACUUGUUCAGUAAGCAUUUACCUCCUGCAAUUGACUUGAUCAAACAAUCUGACCCGUCGAUUGAAAACACAGAUGCUUACCGUUUACCUGGCAAUGUCAUCCCAAGUAGUUAUGAUAUUUAUCUUCACCCACACAUCUCACCGGAGAAGAAAUUUAUGUUUAAUGGAAAAGUUAAGAUUGUUGCUAAAGUACAGAGGUCUACAAAAAAUAUAACUUUACACGCGGACCAACUUAGCAAUUUUAACAUAACAUUAUCAAAUAUCACAGACAAAAAAAAUCCUAUAGUUCUAAAAUUCUCUAACAUAUUACCAAGAGAGAAGUACAAUUUCAUUGACAUCGUUAUGGAAAAUCUCAUUAUAGCAGAAACUCCAAUCUCUAUUGAGAUCACAUAUACAGGAAUCCUAAAUACGGAAAUGCGAGGAUUCUAUAGAAGCUCGUACAAAACAGUAAACGGAAUAAGAUGGCUAGCUGCAACGCAAAUGGAGCCAACAAGCGCAAGAAGAGUUUUUCCCUGCUUUGAUGAACCCGCUCUUAAGGCCACCUUCUCUAUUAGUGUUCAGGCACCAAAAAAUUACAGCGUCAUUAGUAACACUGAACUUACAACCAAAGAAGACGGCCUUUACAAAUUUAAGACUACACCUCCAAUGUCAACGUACCUUGUGGCUGUAAUAGUAAGCGAUUUUAAGAAAAAAAGUUUUAAUGAUUCACAUCACAAAUACAGCGUCUACGCGAAUCCUUUGGUAUACAAUCAGAUAAAUUACGCAUUAAAAGUGAUGGUGCCAAUGACACAGUGGUUCGAAAAAAAACUCGGUCAUAACUAUUCGCUGAGCAAAAUGGACAUGAUUGCAUUACCCGACUUCAGUUCGGGUGCAAUGGAGAACUGGGGUUUACUGACCUACCGCGAGACGAAUUUGCUUUCCGAUCCAGUUAGAAUGUCAAGUCUUGCGAACAUACAGUCAAUUCGCAACGUCAUCGCCCAUGAGAUCACGCACCAAUGGUUCGGCGAUCUCGUUAGUCCACACUGGUGGGACUACCUUUGGCUCAACGAGGGAUUCGCACGAUACUUCCAAUGUCAUGCCUACACAGAGAAAGAAGCCGACUGGAAAUUGGAAACGCAAUUUGUAGUAGAUCAUCUGCAAACGUCGUUUUCUACAGAUGGCAAGGCAAACACACACCCAAUCACCCAUAAAGUUUACAGUCCUACUGAUAUUAGAGCAAUAUUCGACAGCAUAUCGUACGCCAAAGCCGCUAGUAUUAUCAGAAUGUUGGAGAAGCUAACUGGAUCCAAAAUAUUUUACAAUGCAUUAAAUAAAUAUCUCGAAGCACGUAAAUUUGAUGCAGCUAAACCAGAAGAUCUAUUCAAAGCUUUCCAAACUGAAAUUAACAACAGUCAAAUGAUGACCAAAUUUAACGUAACAGAAUUGAUGAAUAGUUGGACUCUACAAUCAGGUUUCCCAGUUUUGAAUGUGAAUUUCGAGAAUGAUGAAAUGGCUACGAUAACCCAAACUAGAUUUUAUUUGAACUCAAAAAAAGAAGACAAUAGUACUUGGGUGAUUCCAUUGUCGUGGACAACUGAAAGUAAUCCUAACUUUGAAGAUACAAAGAAAGUUACUUUCUUACAAGACCAAACUAAUACUGUAAAGAUCAAAAAAUCCAAAAAUGAGUGGGUCAUCCUCAAUUUACAGCAAAUGGGUUAUUUCAGGGUAAAUUAUGACGAAAAUAUGUGGAACCUUAUAAUCGAGGCACUUAAAUCAUCAAAAUACACAAAGAUCCAUGAAGUUAAUAGAGCAAAUAUUGUCGACGACCUUUUGCAUCUUGGUCGAGCAGGCUACAUUUCUUAUGACCUCGUGUUUUCUGGUUUGAGUUAUCUUACAAGUGAAACUGAGUAUGCACCUUGGAAGACAACUUUCACAGGCUUGACCUAUCUUACUCAUCGUUUUGCUGGCCAUAUGGAUAUCUACAAUGUGUAUAGGGACUUCUUGCUGCAACUUCUCGAGCCCAUUGUCAAACGACUUACGUUUGAAGAUAAAUACAAUGAUAGAUCCACUGAUAUUUUAUUAAGACAUCAUGCACUUAGUUGGCUUUGUAAUUUCAAUCAUGAAAGGUGCAUCGAAAAAGCUCUUGCGAGUUUCAAAAAGGAAAAAAUGUCAUCCGAUCUCGAGAGUGCUGUAGAACCAAAUAAACGUUCUUACGUCUACUGCACUGCCAUCAAAAAGGGAACUACAGAAGACUGGAACUACCUAUGGAAGAAAUUCGUCAAUUCGAAUUAUGCUAUUGAAAAGAUGUCAGCUCUUGGUGCUCUCGCAUGUUCUCAGGAUACACAACUUUUAAAUAUAUUAAUGGAUGAGACAAUAAAACAAAAUUCAGAAAUAAGACUUCAAGACGCAAAGACGGUCUUCUCAAAUAUUGUCAAUAGUGGUCUCGUUGGAGUGGAAACUGUUAUGGAUUAUAUACAAAAUAACUAUAAAAAAAUGAAAGAUUACUUUGGCGAUGAUAGUAUAGCCAAAUCGACUCUCACGACAAUAUCCAAACGAGUUUCAACGGAUCAACUUUUUAAAAAGUUUGAAGAACUAGUGCAAAAUAGUACACUUACAAUGCCUGAAUUAUCAAACUCUUUACAAUCAUCUUUGAAACGCGCCAAGGAGGAAAAAAAUUGGUUCUACGAAAAUACUCCCAAAAUAUUCAAAUGGUUGGACACUAACAGUAUCAAGAAUCAAGAAAAGGUUGACUAUCGCUUACUUACUUCUGCCAAGCCUAAGGAGUAUAAUAUUUUCUUGAAUACUUAUUUCGAAGAAAAUAAUUUUACUUUUGAUGGAGAAGUCAACAUCGACAUCGAACUUGACGCUCCAACAUUGCGCGUUAUGCUUCAUUCUCAUGAUUUGAAUAUUAAAAAUAUUAGUGCAGCUUCGGAAACAAAAAACUAUAACGUUGCAUACGAAUUACAUCCUUCUUCGCAAAAACUUAUAAUAUACUUUAAUGAGUCGCUGAAUACAGCAGUCACACUCAACAUUAAAUACGAGGGAGUAUUACGAGAUGAUAUGAGAGGAUUUUAUAGGAGUUCUUAUAUUGAUGAAAAAAACCAAACCAAAUGGCUAGCAAGCACUCACUUCGAGCCAACGUAUGCGCGUCGAGCAUUCCCUUGCUUUGAUGAGCCUUCCUUCAAAGCUUAUUUCACUUUACAAAUUUCGAUUCCUAAAGGAUAUUAUGUACUCAGUAAUGUGGGUUUAGAAUCGUCAGUACCAGUAAUGGGAGGUUGGACUAAAAAUAUCUUCAAAAAGAGUUUAAAAAUGUCACCAUAUCUUUUGGCGUUCAUUGUCUCUGAAUAUGUUGAAACCAAUAAAUCUGGCAGAGUAUCGGUAUGGACACGACCGCAAUUAAAAAAAUAUAUGGAAUAUGCACCUCCUGUUGGUGAAGCAGCUCUUAAAUUUUUGGAAAAUUUCACGAAAAUUGAUUAUCCUCUCGAUAAAAUGAAUUUAGUAUCCAUUCCAGACUUCGACAUGGGUGCUAUGGAAAACUGGGGUCUUGUCACUUUCAGAGAGUACGGUCUUACAUACAGUCAAGACUUGACACCAGCGACGUACAAACAAUACGUCAACAUCGUAAUAUCGCAUGAACUAGUACACCAAUGGUUUGGUAAUUUGAUUACCUGCGAAUGGUGGGACUAUACCUGGCUUAACGAGGGAUUUGCCGAAUACCUUGCAUAUCUAAUCAGUAGCGUGAGUGAACAUGAAUGGAAAUUUUCGGAGCAAUUCGUAAUCAAAGAGCUGCACGUAGGUUUAGAAUUCGACUCGGGCGAGUCUUCUCAUCCCAUGAAUAACGACGUAUCAACUCCUUCAGAGGCACAAGAUGGUUUUGACAAAAUUGCCUAUCAAAAAUCUGCCAGCGUUUUGCGGAUGUUACAUCAUAGCUUUGGGGAAAAAGUUUUUGUCGAUGCGAUUCAUUCUUAUCUUGACGCGAGAAAGUACGAUGUAGCACGACCAGAACAUUUUUAUAAAGCAAUAGAAGAUCGUAUGGCCAACGAGACGAAGAAACCUGGUGAUUUGUCAGUUGAUAUAACUACUGUUAUAACUAGCUGGACUGAGCAUGCGGGUUACCCAGUUGUCAAUGCCAAUCGUACAAAAGACAAAGUAACACUAACUCAGGAGAGAUUUCUAAUAUCACCUAUAGAUAAACUAAAAAAGAAUCAAACCUACUGGGUGCCAAUCACUUACACGACCGAAUCCGAGCAGAAUUUCAUUAAUACCGAACCAAAGUUAUGGCUCGCCAAUGAAUCGAAAGAAAUCACUGUACCAUCGAAAGACAAUUGGUUUCUUAUCAAUGUUCAAGAAAUCGGAUUUUACCGAGUAAACUACAAUUUAGAAAAUUGGCAGGCGCUGAUUAAUCUACUCAACAGCGAUAACUUUAAAACAAUCAUCGAGAUGAAUCGAGCCCAAAUAAUCGAUGAUUUAUUUAAUCUCGCCAGAACAAAUUACAUCAAAUACGAAGUUGCUUUUGAUGCAAGUAAAUACUUAGCAAGGGAAAUGGAGUACUUACCUUGGUCUGCGUACUUCACUGCUACAUCUUACAUUAGCCAACGACUCGAAGGCAACUCGAACAUAAAAGAGCUUUACAGGAAGCACGUCUUGGCUAUAAUUGACAACGUCUAUAAAAAACUUGGAUUCAAGGAUGACAUGGCUAAAGACAAUCACCUUAAACAGCUAAACAGAGAGCUUAUUACGAGUUGGGCAUGCAAGUAUGGCCACGAAGAUUGUGUAAAAAAAGCUAAAAACUAUUACAGCGAAAAAAGCACUGUUACACCAAACGUCGCAACUGCCGUUUACUGUACAGUUGUGGAGCAUGGAGAUAAUACACUGUGGAAUGAUAUGUGGAACAAAUAUGUAAAUGCACUUCUGGCAACAGAUUACCUCGCUAUUUUGAAAGGUCUUGGUUGCUCUAAAGAUGCUAAUGUUCUUGAAAAAUAUUUGGAACUUAUUGUGGAGCCAAAAUCAAAAAUUCGUAGACAAGAUGCAGCAACUGCUUUUUCGUCAGUCUAUACAGCUAGUUCAAUUGGAUUAAAUACUACCAUUAAAUUUUUCGUUAAUAAUCUUGAUAAGUUAUAUAAAUUUUACGGAGACUGGCAUGAUGUGGGUUCACUUCUUACGAGUUUAGCUGGACGAAUUUCCAGCCAGGAACACUUAAAAAUCCUUGAUGAAUUAUCGAUGGAUCCAAAAGCCACAGAUAUCAAGACGUCAGUAACAUCAGCCAUUAGGGUAGCGCGGAAGAAUUUCGCAUGGUUGAAUAACAAUGAAAUUUACAUUAGAAAUUGGCUUGAAGGAAACUACGUGAAACCGAAUAGUGCGUAUACUCAAGGUGCAGUUCUCACAUCCAUAUCUAUUAUACAAAUAAUUAUAUUUUUUGUUUGAAAAUUUAAAUUUUCUAUAAAUUAUAAUAGAAAUCUUUAUAUAAAGUAUCUAAAUAUUAUUUUUAAU